UUAAACGACUUCCCAUGUGCUCACGUGACUUGGGGGCUGUAUUUAGGGCCACAUUGAGCUCACGGGGUGAAAUUGUGUUUCGGUUUUUAAUUAUUUAUUGGGUUGAGGAGGGAUACAGGCGGGAGCUCCAGGUGAAAAACAUGUCCACCAUCAGGUUUGGAAGCAGUCUUGGUGCCUCCAGGACCACCGGAAGUGCUAUUGUUGCUAAUGGAGACGAAGACAAACCAGUUGAUGAUGCUGAUCCAAACACAAUAAUUCAGUGCCCUUAUGACAAAAACCAUCAGAUCCGGGCGUGUCGCUUCCCCUAUCACAUUCUCAAGUGUGCCAAGAAUCACCCCAAACUGGCAAGUGAACUUAAGUCAUGCCCCUACAAUGCUAAGCACUUGGUUUCCAGGCAUGAGCUGGCACAUCAUAUUGAGCACUGUCGAGACAAACCGCUAACCACCAUGGAGGACGAUAGCAUUGCUAAGCCGAACCCAAAAUUUCACGUGCCUAUCAAGUGGACAGCCCCUGCAUGUGAGGAGGACUGGGAACAAGAGGUUGAUGACAAUGCUGCUACUUUCAUGUGGGGCGUGAGCAACAAUUCACUCCCAGUUAAUAACAAGUUUGAGCCGCCAGCCACAAACGGCUGUAAUGUUGGGGUCCGUGCACCUCGAACUCUUCCCUGGAAAUCCUGUAAGUUCUGAUAUCAAAUCUCAGUCCAGUGUCCAAAACCACUACAAAAACUGGUCGGGGCUGCUACAGCAUUUUAAUUGUGCAGUUUGUCCACGUGCCACUCGAGGUGGCUGCAGUACUGUUGACUUACUUGCUAUGCACAACUUGUAUUAUGUAGUUUCCUGCCUAUUUUACAGGCUAGCAUUAAUGUGACUUUAUAUUAGACAAUGCCCUUGUUUAGUUUGUUGCACAGUCCUGUGACAAUCUGCAUUAUCUGAGGGGUAUUUUAGCUCGAGCAUCAACACGCACACUUUAGGGGAUCUCUGAGAUCUCCCGUUAACCCUUUUUGCCUUGUGCUGUGUUAGUUUUGUUAGUGUUUUAAAUGUUUCUUUGCAUUCCGUUUUCCUUAACUGGUGUUCUUUAAUGCAUCAGUUAUGAUGAAUGUGUGCUUUUUUUUUU